GGCUGGCCUGGCCCGGUGCCCCUGGCGGCGGCGACGGGAGCAGCCUCGGGUCCAGAAAGGGGGACGAAAAGAAUAAAGGGAGCAGUGAAAGAAUCGCCCUGUCGCGUCCACCUGGCUGACUUCUGACUCCAUGUGGCAGGCGGCCCCUACAAACGGGAACGAAAUGGAGGGGGCGUGACGCUCAGGAGAUACUUCAGGCAACAUAUUGUAGGAGGAUGAAACCACUCUGGUCACCGAGAUUACGAUGGAAAUACGCUGUGGUGGCCUCUUGUUCAGCUCCAAAUUUGACUCUGGGAAUUUGGCUCAUGUCGAGAAGGUGGAACACCAGGAAGGUGAUGGUGACAACAGUGUGAAUGGCAGUGGCAGCAUCAAUACUUCUGCUGCCUCAGUGGUGUUUGGCAGCUCCCUCCCCAUUGCAGACUACGAAUUCAACGUGUGGACCAAGCCAGAUUGUGGUGACACAGAAUAUGAGAAUGGGAACAGAUCCUGGUUUUACUUUAGUGUGAGAGGAGGAAUGCCAGGCAAGUUGAUCAAGAUUCAUAUUGUGAACAUGAACAAGCAGACCAAACUUUAUUCACAGGGGAUGACACCCUUAGUAAAGACAAUACCUAUCAGGCCCCGUUGGGAACGCAUCCGUGAGCGGCCUGCCUUUGAGAUGGCGGAGACUCAGUUUGUCCUGUCUUUUGUGCACCGAUUCCUGGAUUGUCGAGGAGCCACCACAUACUUUGCCUUCUGCUAUCCCUUCUCAUACACAGAAUGCCAGGACAUGCUGGCACAGCUGGAUGCCCACUUUGCAGAGUGCAGACAUCUCUCUCCUAGCAGAUCUCAAGAAGAACCACAAAGUGCCACCUGGAAAGAGCUUUUCACAAUUAGUCGGAGGGCAGGCGCAGACUCUAGAAAAGCUGAGGGGAAGCCGCGCCCCACCACCCACAGAACAAGAAAGUACCCUAGAGGAGGACGUGCAAAAGGGAAAAAGGAGGCGGCCCCACCCAGGGGUACACCCUAUCUUGAUGCCAUCUAUUAUCAUCGGGAAUUGUUGUGCUAUUCCCUGGAUAAACUACGUGUGGACUUGCUCACCAUCACAUCAUGUCAUGGCAUGCAGGAGGAGCGGGAGGCUCGACUGGAGAAGUUGUUCCCAGACAAGAACACACCCCGACCACACUGCUUUGUGGGAAAGAGAGUAUUCUUUCUCAGCAGCAGAGUGCAUCCUGGGGAAACACCUUCUAGCUUUGUUUUCAAUGGAUUCCUGGAAUUCAUCCUGAGGGAGGAGGAUCCUCGGGCCCAAAUGCUGCGGCGUAUGUUUGUCUUUAAGCUCAUCCCUAUGCUAAAUCCGGAUGGAGUGAUGCGAGGACACUAUCGAACAGAUGCUCGUGGAGUUAACUUGAAUCGUCAGUAUUUGAACCCUGAUGCAGAGCUGCAUCCUGCUGUGUACGGGGCCAAGACUGUCAUGCUCUAUCACCAUGUUCACAGCCGGAUCCAGCCUGGUGCCCCGGACUGGCGAACCUAUGUCCCUCCACUCAACACAAAGAUAGCCAAUCAACGUUCUACCCGCAAAUGUCCCCAUGGUGAUGACGUCCCUCUUUCUGAGCUGGAGAAAGCAAACAACCUUCGCAACUGUUCCAGAGAUUCCUGUGUCCCCUCAUCUCAGGACCCUGAGGCCUCGGAGGUACCAGGAAGUAAUGACCCGGAUGUCUGGAUCCUUUCAGAAGAACUAUUCUCUGAGUGCUGUGAGAAUGAAGUUGAGAAUCCUCCACCACCUGCCCCAGAAACCAUCCCACCUCAACAGAGUGGCCUAGCUUACUAUGUUGAUCUGCACGGACAUGCCUCUAAGCGUGGCUGUUUCAUGUAUGGAAAUAAUAUUUCUGAUGAGAACUAUCAGGUUGAAAACAUGCUGUUUCCUAAGCUCAUCGCCUUGAACUCUGCUCAUUUUGAUUUCAUGGGCUGCAACUUCUCUGAGAAGAAUAUGUAUGCUAAAGACAAGCGGGAUGGACAAUCAAAGGAGGGCAGUGGGCGUGUGGCCAUUUACAAGGCCUCAGGCAUUAUUCACAGUUACACACUGGAAUGCAAUUACAACACAGGACGAUCAGUCAAUACUGUUCCAGCAGCAUGUCAUGAUAAUGGGCGGGCAACUCCUCCUCCUCUCCCAACAUUCCCAUCCAAAUACACUGUGGAGCUCUUUGAGCAGGUUGGAAGGGCCUUAGCAGUUGCAGCACUGGAUAUGGCAGAAUGCAACCCCUGGCCUCGGAUUGUCCUAUCUGAACACAGUUGCCUUAGCAAUCUGCGUGCCUGGAUGCUGAAACAUGUGCGCAGCAUGAGGGGAGUGGCAGGCUACUCCAGGAGGAAGGGCACCAAAACCCCACCCAAGGGGGGCAAUGGGAUCUCUGCUUCCAGCUCAGAGAAUUCUCUCUGCCGAGCCAGGAGCUUCAGCAAUGGUAGCAUCAAUCCACAAGCUACCGCUCAGGUCAAGACCUCACCCAGCUUCACCUUCAGCUCCCCUCACCCCACUGCCUCCACGGGGGGCAUGGGGCAGAGCCCUCGGAAAUGUGCCUCAAGGGUGCUGGCACUUGUGCGAGAACCUCGAGUUCAGGAGAAGAGGCGCCAUCAGCACCAGACCUUGCUACGAGCUGCUGUGAGCAGCAUCCAGGCACCCUCUCUCCCUUGCUCCACCAGAACCGCCUCUCAUCUCCAGCUGGCUCCCAGCCUAGGCACCUGCUCCCUUCCAACUACUAUCAACAUACCAGGAUCCAGCUGCAACAGUCUACUUACAACUGCCAAGGCUAGCACAGUAGUAACUGCUUGUCAUGGACUGCCGGAAUCAGAGCAUGUCCCUGAGGAGCUGAAGCCUCCUCCACCUUGUGGCCUAGCGUUGCUGCAGAACUUUUCAAGACGGCUGAACAAUGAAAAGCUAUCGGAAACUUCUAGUCUAGAUAUACUGAUGCCUCGGCCAAGCCGGAUUCCCAUACGCAGGAGACCAACAGGACAAACCCAGCACUUACUCAGAUUUCACAGCUGCAGUGAUAAUUCUUCCCUCAAGGUUUGGAAAUAUGCACCCUCACAGAUGCCAGCACAAAAUUCCUUGCCAGAAUUUCAGCUGGAAAUGCCAGAGCUGACGGUAACGGGUCAGAGGGAAGAAUCACUUUUUCUGUGCAACCCUCCCAAAGUUUUGCUGGACGAGCAUCUCCCUGGGCGACCAGAUUCCCCCCAGCUCACCUACCGCAAGAUCCUGUCUUUCUGCACUGAGGCCUGACUUGCCAGUGGGGGCACAACAGCUGCGGCCAAUGUGCUCCAGCUCAAGUGCCGCCACCCCACAGCAUACCAGGAACACGCUGACUCCAACUCAUCCCUUGGUGUGGAAGAAACCUCUUGAGACCCUUCUUGUUGGCACUUGAUGAGUUCCUGAUCCAACCACCCCCCUUCCUCUCCUCUCUCUGCUCUUUUAAACCAAAGCUGCUCUUUAUGACAGCAGCCAGUAGUUCUGGCUUUGAGACUUUCCCAGGAAUAAGAGCCUCAUCACAUCACAUCCUAUUUGUAGCCAGCUACACAAGACAUCAAAGGCUUAAGGGAAAAUGGGUCCUCUUUGGUUCUUUCCCAGCAAUCCUCAUCAAAAUCUGGGGGAUCCAUCUAAUUUAUUUUCUUUGUCAAGGAGGUGCCUUUCAAAAAAGAAGCAAACCAGGCUAAUUGCAAGAAGCUCUGUAGGUGCACGUAUGACAUUUGGGAAGCAUAAAAGGACCAGCUCCUCCUGGUCGACUACAGCCCAGUGCUGUGGCCAAGGCCCUUCCUCCAAUAUUAUUUCCACCACUGUACAUAGUUGGUUAUUGGGUUGGAAGCUAUUUUUGAAACAAGUUUGUCUUGUAACAUGUUUCUAUAAUAAAUUUCAUUUGUCAGGAAAAGAAAAAAACUGCUUUUUGAAGACUGUGUGU